AUGUCAUCUCAUUCAGUCUCUGUUUAUCUAUCUAUCUAUCUAUCUAUCUAUCUCUCUAUCUAUAACAUAUUCAUUUGUCUCUCCCCUCUCUCUCUCUCUCUCUUAUCUAUCUCUCUAUCUAUCUCAACUCUCUCCCUCUCCUCUCAUUUGUCUCUCUCCUCUCUCUCUCUCUCUCUCUAUCUAUCUAUCUAUAACAGACACAUUUGUCCUCUCUCUCUCUCUGUUUGCCUAUCUAUCUAUCUAUCUAUCUAUCUAUCUAUCUAUCUAUCUAUCUAUCUAAACAGACAUUCAUUUGUCUCUCUCCCUCUCUCUCUCUCUCUGCCAGUGAAUAAUGUAUCCUCAGUCAGUCCAUGUUUAUCUAUCUAUCUAUCUAUCUAUCUAUCUAUCUAUCUAUCUAUCUAUCUAACAGACAUUCAUUUGUCUCUCUCCCUCUCUCUCUCUCUCUGCCUCCUAGAACGUAAUGUAUCCUCAGUCAGUCCAUGUUUAUCUAUCUAUCUAUCUAUCUAUCUAUCUAUCUAUCUAACAGACAUUCAUUUGUCUCUCUCUCUCUCUCUCUCUCUGCCGAGUGAACGUAAUGUAUCCUCAGUCAGUCCAUGUUUAUCUAUCUAUCUAUCUAUCUAUCUAUCUAUCUAUCUAUCUAUCUAUCUAUCUAUAGACAUUCAUUUGUCUCUCUCCCUCUCUCUCUCUCUGCCUAGUGAACGUAAUGUAUCCUCAGUCAGUCCAUGUUUAUCUAUCUAUCUAUCUAUCUAUCUAUCUAUCUAUCUAUCUAUCUAUAACAGACAUUCAUUUGUCUCUCUCCCUCUCUCUCUCUCUCUGCCUCUCUGA